AUGAGCGAUGAGGAAGAUGACUAUCUCUCAGACAAGUUCUUAGCUGCAGCUGCACCAACUUCGUCUGCUCCGAAGACAUACUCGAGUCUUCGAAAGCAGUCGCAGCUUCGCUCACAGCUGAAGAAUGAACAAGGUCGAACGAAAAGCCGACGCCAGCGCGAGCUCGAAUCCAGAGAGCAGGGUCUCAGCCAGAGUCUGUUCGAACGGGCGAAGGAUGAACAGGAAGCUGGUGUCAGCUCGGGCAACAAGGCCCUCUCGAUUAUGAUGAAGAUGGGAUUCAAACCCGGGCAGGCUCUCGGUCAAACUGAUGAUCAUGAUACGGGCAAGAGUCCCCAUACUCCAGGCGAGGGCGAGGAAACCACGGCGGACGACGUCGCUCCCAGUGUUCCAAAACACAAGGUUGAACCAUUGCCGAUAAAUGAAUGGCAAGGCAAGAAGGGCAUUGGGCUUGUAACGUUGAAGCGGCCGCGUUCGCCCACAUCGUCUCAGGACCGUGUCAGCAAGAUGGCCAAGAUGGCCGAGGAAAGUAACCGACACAAGGAUUUCCGCGAGCGGGCAAAGCAGCAGUACAAUGAGAAACGCGCCGAAGGCAGAUUAGGCCCUGCCCAACGUACUUGCAUCACGCUCGAUGAAAAGAAGGGGGUUUCGUUCAACGUACUCUGGCUAAAUCCAAACGACCCCUCGUCCUUUCCAGAAGGCCUAUUGGAGGCCCUAACUCUGCAUACCACCUACGAUCCCAGGGUUAUAUCGCGCGGGAACGACACUUCCAUUGAAAGCAUAUUGCGACAGCAGAUGCGCGCGGAUUCUUUAAGUGCCGUCACUGAAGAUAACGCAGACGCGCGCAGAAAGGACGUAGCCCCGGAGAGGAAGUACUCUAGAGACAUUCUAGAAGAGGCAGCCCAAUAUCUGCGUCUCCAGGCUCACGACCGGCUUCAAUUGGUAUUGAGCUAUUUGCGGGAACAAUACUGUUACUGCUUUUGGUGCGGGACGCAGUAUCCGGACGAGGAGGAGAUGGAAGAAUUGUGUCCUGGAGUUGAUGAGGAGCUCCACGACUAA